AUGGCCGACUCGCAGCUCCUCUGCCUGGACGACGCGCACGCCAACGAGUGGCUGCCCGAGAGCCACCCCCGGUUCUACUACAGCGAGCAGCAGCGGCUGGCCCUGCAGAGCCUGCUGAGCCACGGGGAGGCGGCCUACAGGGAGCAGCUGAAGGCGGCCAAGGCGCGCGACUUCCUCUCCAGCCGCGAGCGGCAGGCCUUGCGGGGCAGCUGGGGCGCCCACGACGCCCACCCCGACGGCGGCGGCGCCCCUCCCCCGGGACCCUCGGGCAAGCCCCUGUCGCUGGCCUACUGGCCCGACCGCUCCGACACGGAGGUCCCGCCGCUGGACCUGGGCUGGACCCACAACGCUUUCUACCGGGGGCUCAACCGCUUGGCGCUCUUCACGCACCCGCGCAAGGAAGAGAGCGGGCCGCAUCUCAAGGAGGUGGCGCGCGAAAUGAUCCAGCAGGCGCACAAGCUCAUUGCAGUAGUUAUGGACCAAUUCACAGACAGGGAUGUCUUCCAAGAUAUUGUUGAUGCAGCAUACAAGCGUCGGAUCCCAGUCUAUAUUAUCUUGGAUGAAGAAGGCUCCAAGUUCUUUCUGGAGAUGUGCAAAGGCAUGGAGCUCAGUGAUUUCCAGAUACGGAAUAUCCGUGUACGCUCUGUGACAGGAGUUGGGUACCAUAUGCCAUCAGGGAAGAUCAAAGGCAAUUUGGCAUCCCGGUUCUUGAUGGUGGAUGGUGAAAAAGUCAUCACUGGUUCCUACAGUUUCACGUGGACCUCAUCCCACAUAGACAGAAACAUUAUUUUGUUCUUGUCGGGACAGAAUGUGGAAAUGUUUGAUAUUGAAUUUCGUGAGCUCUAUGCCAUUUCAGAGGAGAUAAAUCUCUACAAGGAGCUGAACAUUCCAUGCCCUUUCCGUCAAGAUUCUGGAAAAUUGGGGUUUUCCUCUUCCACUGUGGCCCGGAAGAUCAUCAACCCAAAGUAUGGAUUAGUGGCAGGGGUUCCCCCAGGGGAAAUGAUGCGCUGGGCUUCCCGCCAGAUGCAGGAGUCACAAGGGAAUCCACAGGAGAGGGAAGAAGAAAGUGAGUCAAAGAGACGUUUGCGUAUUUUUCUAGAUAAUCUUAUUUCAGUAGAGCAGGUGCUGCCGGAAAUUGACCCUCCACUUGAGGAUCUGAGCAGAGUAAACCAGAGUCCUCAGAAGCAAGUUUCCCGGUUUCAUCGGGACAUGAAAAAUAAAUCCAAAUCCAGAGAAACCAUUCGUGACUGCAGGAAGGAUGAUGUCGCCAAUGGGGAGACCAGUUCCAAGCAGGGUAAGAGAUUUGGCACUGGACUUUUCAAAAGGGCCAAGCGUCUGCCACAGUUGAAUGCCGAUGCAAAUUCUGUUACCAGUGAGACUCUAACAGGAGACGACUUUGUGAUUGUGACGGCACCAGAGGGCCAAGCUGCUUUUAGUGUUCGUAGCAGUGGCAACACCUCAGGUAGAAUGAGUCUAAGCUCCCGUACAGGGGAAAGAACCAAACAGUCAACCUGUGUGGUCUCAUGAUUGAGGGGGGGAAAACUGCUGGAAAAACUUGAGAGAAGCAUCUGCUGGGAUAUACAGCUGUGGGCAUAUUUCAAGCCUGCAGUCUAA